CUUGACUCGAAGUCAGAACCAUUUGCGCGGUUGUAACCAAUUUUCAAGUGACGAGAGAGUGGGCGAAUUGAGCGCUUCUUAAUUUUGAUUUGAUUCACCUUUGUGGAGUUUUGCUGUCAGCGAGCGACAAUUCCGGGUAUUCAACACCCACUGCGUCAUGAUUGUGACACUUGCUGCUAUUUGUUAUUUGUAUAAAGAGUGUGCCUUCUACUGCCAGUACGUUAAAUGUGCAUUGGUACACAGUUGAACCUGACUGCUUAGCAUUUCCCAUUCCACGAUUGUCUCCCACUAAAACAACUCACAAAUCAGCUUCCCUUCGUGCCGCUUUGGCUACUUCUCUUCCACGUUUGUGUUCAGAUCCAGAUCAACAUAUUUAACCUGUCGACUUCAAGUUCUUCAAUCCGAAGCGUUACCUUUCGAAUCCACAUUCUUUCAUCUCCGGCUCGCCUGGUCGCAACGAACUUCACAACCGCCUCUCACUCUUUUUCCUCUCAACCCAGAGCAUCAUGCUGUCUGCUCCGCGGGUUUUAGCUUCCCUCUCAGUCGUUGCCACUCUCUUGCGACCAGUACUAGGGCAUUGCAAAAUCGUCACCGUAGCAUCCACGCUCAGCGCACCCGGACCUCAUAGCCACGGCUUUGGGAUUGAUUUACACAACAAGUACCCCUGGAAAGUCGGGCAACCUGGAGAUGCUGGCGCAGACGCACCUUUCUUCUCUCCUCACGUUGAAUACGUUCCUAAUCCCCAGCAUCCCUGCGGAGAACUCGUCACAUUGCCAAAGGGCCUGGAUGUUCAAUCCCACAUGUCACAAGCCGAGGCAUCUGGCGUUGCGACGACAGCGUCUGAUGGCUCGUUCGAAGCCCUGAUCUUUCAAGUAAACCGGGAUGGUGGUGGCGCAUGCACCUGUGAAUUUGAUACUACUGGUACUGCUAAGUCGUGGAAUCGCUGCAAGACGUUGGUCAAUCCACCCGGAAUUCAAGGAAUGUGGCAAAGCGACCGAACCAACCACACUGCUAAGUUCCAAAUGCCCAGCUCGACCGUUUGUCGAGGUGGUGUUUACAAAGACAAAUGUUUGAUGCGCAUUCGAUGCGGCUGGAAACUUCGGUUCGGUGGCUGUUUUGCUUUGAAGACACCUUCAAGCCCCCGACCGUUGAAACUUAAGGUGACCGGUGGCGGGUCAAGCGCGCCUUCAUCGAACGUAGAUUCCAUGGCCGCAAAGAUAUUUCAGAACAUGCAGGCCAAAGGCGCUCUAAAACCUACUGGUGGUGACAAAGCAUCACCCAAGCAACACCGAUCAGCGGAUGUCGCGCCUCGCGCGGAGCAAAACAAAUCCCAGGUCGAUGCAGUUGCAUUAAAGGUCAUGCAGUUAAUCAAGCAGCACAACAUGAAAGUCGUCCAGCCAAAGGCUGUCAUGUUGGCCAAAUCCUACGCGUGAAUUCAGUGGUUGCGACAUCUGAAAGACCAUAUAUAUUUCGGGUUAUUGUUUAUUUCGCUCAAAUGCAGUUUGUUGACGUAGUUUGGUAUUUAGUUUCAAUAUCUCUUGGGCCUCAGUUCAUGAUUUUUAGGCAAAGGUCAUCGGUCAAUAUGUUCGACCAGUCAGCAGUAGUAGUUACAGACAGAAACAGCUUUAUCUUUUCCCUCCUCUUUUCACAUUCUCGCAAAUAUUUCUCGCCAGUUUUGAUAAACUUUGGAAGUUUUACCGCAUCACAUAUCUAUUUGAUCUUUGACUCUCAAAUGAUAUUUUUCUCCUGAUCUGAGUAGUAGUGCUAUAAAGACUUUGAUUGCGCUACCAUUGUAGACUACUUUGCCGUUCAUUUCUAAUGUCAAUGAUCAUGGUUCUGCUUUCACAAC